GGCCGACAUGCUUGGGCGGCAGCGACAGCGACUCACGACUGGGCACAGUCGCGGCGAAUGACCACAUUCUCUCGGCCAAGAUGACUGGAGAGCAGCGAAGAUGCUUCGGCGUGGUACACGGAACGUCUGACGCUGCUCGUGGCGCAAGGCAGUGCAGAUCGCGUGCGAAGGAUUGCUGGUCCAGCUCUUAGCUUGGGUCAUCAUCCGCCUACCCAGCCAACGCAGCUCAGCGCUGAUACCGCGAAUGCGACGACGACUUCUUAUCGCUUGACAGACCUCCUCCCCGCCGCCCAGCUGCGACUCCACCGUCGCGACCGCCAUACCGACCGACCCCUCCGCCCCCGAACCACCACAGCUACGUCAUCGCCAUGGGGAAGAAGAUCGUGUACACGAAGAUAACGCCGCUCCCGUCCAAUGUCCCACGUCAGCUUGCCAUCGAACUGCUGCAUUCGCAUGAGGAGGUGAUCAAGCUGAACCCGCUGGUCACAGGCGUCAAGUCGAUCGACACGCCACGCGACAGUCCGAACGAUGAGUACUUCUCGCAAUGGUAUCUCAUCGACGAGAUCAUUACAUGGGGAUUUGGCAUGAAGAAGAAGAUUUCCUUCAAGGGCGUCUUUCAUGAUCAGCCAUGGGGCAUGCAAUCGCACGUUUAUGCGCCCAUGGGUGUGGACUUGCGCAAUAAGUACCGCAUAGGCGGCAACCAGCCUGGAGAACCGAGGGAGACGAGAGAAUUGGGCAUAGACACGCCGGCGGAAGGGCUAUAUCUGCGCGAGGAUGUGGAGAUUGUUUGUAACCUCGCGCUGGCGAGCUUUGUCAAGAAAGAGACCAAGGAGGCCACGGGCAAGAUGAUCGACCGGCUGGCCAAGAAAGCAGAGCUGCUGGACGAGGGGAAGCUGCAUGCCAUGUUUGAGAACGGCAGACUGAAGACUUCGAAGCCCAGCGGGUUCGUGGAUCAAAGCGAUGCACACAGCACGGGUCCCAGCAGUCCAGGCUUCGCGCCCGGCAGUCCAAGUCCAUCACUGUCGGCCGCAGGAUUUACACCGAGGUUGGACCAGAAAGGAUAUGGCAACUACCACGACAUCACAAGAAACAACAGCCAGCAUAGGACAAGCCAAUACAUGCCAGCAUAUCAGCAACCAGGCUACAACGGACCAGAUUACGCACGCCCAGGAGCUGCGAAUAUGCCGAUGAUCAACGAGCUGCCGGGCGACUACUAUCAACAGCAAGGCAUGCAACCCCCUCCUCUCAAGCCACAAGGCCAAGUCUUCCGCUCAGAGCUGCCCGGAGAUAGCAGUUUUGGAUCUAAUGGCCCUUCGCCGCAGCCCUCACCGGGCCAAGUACCAGCAGACUUUGAGAAGGCUCAGCAGUAUCACGCAUAUUCAGCUCCGCAACAGCCGCAUCCGUCUCAACGAGGCAGCGUCACCUCUACAAACGGAAGCACAUACCACGCUUAUACCACUUCUGACGCCCAUGCCCGGCAUUACAGCACGAGUUCGCAAAACAGCCAGAACAACACCUCAUACCUCUCGCCCGAGCAAAAUACCAGCAACAACAAUGGCUCCGGUCUGACAGCACACCGCUACUCCGAUCCCAAUGGUCCGCCAUAUCCCAGCUCCCGCCCAAACAGCGACAUCGUGCCCGAUAGCCAACGGUUCUCCCAAAUGAGUGUACAGGACUCGUCACAGCAUCCUGCUCUUCCACCUCGAGACCCUCGACGGAUGUCAUCCUACAACUCAGCCCAGCAAGCUUCCAGCGGCGCGAAUCCGAGCGCAAAAUGUCCAGUCUGCGGCCUGUUCGAAGGAGAUGAAGCUGCCGUGAGCCAUCACGUCAGCAAGGCCCAUUUCUCAUAAACCGCUCGACGGACAGACACGAUAACGAAUGAAUGGAAAGCCAACACAGCAGAACAUUGUCGUCAACGCGAUUGGCAUUCUACGGGGUGCAGCAAUGCCUUGCUCCGACACAACACAGCUUUCAUUCUCCUCUUGGGAGCCCUUCACGAUGUCAACGAUUUUACGACACAAAGAGUACGAAAGAUCAACAUACGUUAACAGAAAGGCCUGAUAUUUCGAGGGCAAACACGAGAUUGGUGGGGAGUUUUUCUUUUAUUUCUGGAACGAAAAGAUUCGAUGAGCUUCAGGAUGGAAUACCCGGUGGGAAAGUUGAGAG